CAGGUGAGAGCACAGAAUUGUAACCAAUUUGUAUUGUGUUCUGUAGUAUGGGUGUGUUUAACCUUAGGAAUACCGGGAAAAUAUUGAUUUUUAAUUUUUUUUCUCACGAAAAUGUUCGUCGGUCAAUUCAUGUUUCCGAUAUUCUUGUUUAUAUCUUCUUCAAAUGCAGCCGUUUUUAUAUGGAGCAACCGACCAGUACAAAUAUCCCCGUUGCUUCCCUUUACUUCAGAGGAAUUUUCUGAACUAAUAGAAAAAUUUGAAAAUCGUGAAGUUCACAUUUUCAAGAGUCCUACUGCACUACCUGAUACUAUCAAACAUAUCACUGAAGGGUUUUACACGGCGUACAGUCCUAAUGAAGAUUUAACACCAGAUAAUAUAACAGAUCUUUCUGGUAAUGAGGAAUUGGACUUGAGUAAGAUACAAGAAAUUUUGAGUAAUCAUCGACAAAGCGAUUUCAUAUCGAUGAUCUUGAUUCCUGAUAAAGACAGUCGAUUCAAAAGAGAAGUUGAAAAUAUCACAGAUUCAACUGAUUUGGAUAAAACAACUCAAUCUAAAGGAGCUGUAAUAUACAGGGCUCAAAAUGCCAAAACCAAAUUGUAUGCUUUACUUUAUUCAUCACAACCCCUCAUGUUGAGAAGAAAUGAAGCAGCUUCCGAUCUUUACUUGGGAAACACAAAUGAUGACAUGAUUAUUUAUGACAAUAGAUUGAAUGUUAAUAUUCCAAUGAAAAGAGGAAAAAUAACUCUGAGGUUCAGUUUCAUAGAGUUGAAUGGUUACUGGUACAUGCCUUCAGUCAAAAUAGCAGACGACACUGAAACUCAUAGAGAUUAUAAUUUAACCACCGAAGAAGAAAUAAUGGCUUCAAGAAACUUCUCAUAUCACUGUAAUGGAGUUUCGAUAUACUCUGAUUCCAAUGGUACUGAAUUACAUAUCUAUGACUUACAAGUGCAAAUGGAUACUCCUAAUGGCAAGUUUGGGGAUGCUUAUGACUGUGUGCCAUUUAUAACAGCCCCGAUUUGGUCAGGGUUGCUAGUAACUUCACUUUUUGGUUUAGGGUUGAUUGUUGCCCUGACUGCUAUCAUGGAUAUCAAGACAAUGGAUAGGUUCGAUAACUACAAGACAAAAAAUCUUAAUAUCACUGUUUCCGAAUAGAAACAGAUAUGAAUUCAUAUCAAUAUCUCUAUGUUGUGCAGCUUGUACCUUCCCUCUUCAGAACCACUAUUAUUCUACCUUGUCUGUGAUGUAAUUUAUUAUAGAUGCUUAGCAUCAAGCAAAUUUGUAAAUUUUCGUGAACUUAAUUUUUAUUGAAUGUUUUCAUGUUAUUUUUUUCAAUUUUGGACUGAAAUAUAUUACGUUUGCUCUG